CGGGCCAGACGCGAUUCAAUUUAGGACCGAUCGUCGUCGUCGCACGUACCUGCAAUACUCAUAUUAUCAUACCGCAUACGACUCCUUGUCCGACCUCGCAGGUCGCGUCGGAAUCGAGACCUGACCGAUAUCGCGCAAAAUACGCGGUCGUCAUGUCAUUCGCCGCGUACUGCGUCGCGUUAGCGUCCGCACUGGCGUUCGUGUCGGAAGCAACGGACCCGGAAACGUCGGAACCCGGACGUCCGGUCGCGCCGGCGCCCGGAUAUCCGGACUGGUCGCUCCAGUACCUGGACGACGUGCACAAAGCGACCAGGUCGCACGACGAUGACGUGAUGUUCCUGCGGAAGAUGAUGGAGAUGGACUAUCUGUGGUGGCCGAUCCUCAACGAGCCGGUCAAGAUCAAACGGCCGACCGUGCCGUACUUUGACCAGUACAAGGAACCGGGGCCCUCCGUGUUUUUGGAAAAAAAUGAGUUGCCGUUCGACUUGAUCUCCACCAUGAUGACGGAGAACACGUUCACCGGCUCGGACGUCGUGUAUGCGAUGGACGCGUUCAAGUCCGCGAUGGCGUGUUCGGUGCUCAAGCACGUCUCUCUGCAGGCGCUCAUGCUGCACAAUCUGCUGACCAAGUUCCACCACGAGAUACCAGACGACGAGCGCGUGAUGUUUGAAGGGUGGCUGGUGAACAUGAUCCAGGUGGGGACGGACAAGUUGACCGCGAUGGACCACUCGCAGGACCCGGACCAGUCGAUCACCCGAGCUCGUGCGCUCCUCGUGGAGAUGAUGCGUGCGCUGUCGCACAGCACCGCAGACCACACUAUCGGCAAUUUUCAAGAAAUCGCCAUGAGGAUGUACGCCGAGAUCGAUAGUACGUGCGCCGUGCCCAAGGGAGAAAAAGGCCAUUACAGCGCGCUGGCCUACGAUUUAAACAGACGGAAGAGGGUAGAAGAGCUCAAGGCCCACCGGACGCAGCUCACCGAGAACAUGAGAGAAGCCGCCGGAGUGAGUAACGUCGACAUAAUGCACAAGUACAGAGGCGACAUAGUCAUCAACGCCGCCUUGACUGCAAAUGACAUUUCUGAGCUCAGCGAAGACACCAUGAAAAGAGCCACGGCCGCAAAUCACAUCCAAAUGAACUUUUUGUACUUGAACUUGCCCAUACAGAUCUUGUCCGAGUCCCAGUGGAAAACCAUCUCCAAACCUCAAAUAUCUAGCAAGCCGGAAAACCCUAAUUCGGCCCCACUGUCUCUGUAGGACGGCGGGACCGUGUGAUUUGACUUUUGGUAUUUUAUGUUAUAUAAUAUAAGCCGUUUACUUUUGUUUUUAAGAUGUUGUGUAGUUAAAAUUACUUGACAAUUUUAUUUGAACUCGUGUAUUAUUAAUAUAUUUUAAGUAAUGUAAUAUUAUUCUCAUGAAGUUUACGUGUUUUCAAAUUUACCUAAUAUAAUAAAUUAUAAAUACGAUUUCAAUACUAUUUUAAUGUUUAACUAACCAAAUAAAUGUCAAGUUUUUGAUUUAACUCCUAAACUCAA